ACUCUGUAGACCCUCCAAUGGGGCCAGCUAGAUAAUCAACUUGAACCAAACCACGCCCCUCUGUUUUAUUCCGGGGAACUUAUCAGCGCCUACAUGUUGAGUGCUCUGCAUACGAGACCCAGCAAGAGGAGAGAGAAGACCACCUUCACAGGCUACCCAUGCUGACAGACACGCCAUCAGAAACGCCUAUUCACUUGUGUGGACAUUAAACUCUCCCAGCUGUGACAGGAUGGAUCUUUUAGACCGCGGCUACUUAGACGCGCGGUCUCCGUAUGAUUACACCUUUAAUUUUUGGAACGACUACCUCGGCCUGUCGACACUUGUCGCCAAAAAUAAGAUCAACAGCCCGUCCUGUAGUCCCAACUCUAUAACCGAGUCUCUUAAAGCGACCCUGGGCUUGGACGAUUCUCCGGUUUGCUCCUGCGUAAUUGGGCAGGGCAGGGACAGCGACGGACACUUGGACUGCUGCUGCGCGGCCCCGGGCUCCCCGCCGAUCUCCAUCUAUGAUCUCAAGGAGCGCAUCUCGCUUCUCAGGCCGUACGAACACUUUGCUGGUGAUUCUCCGCUUGCAGACAGAGAUUCACCCUCCUAUAGGGGAAGUUUCCCCGGCCUUGACCUGCUCUCCAUGGACAGAAGGCGCAAACAGACUCAGAGGAGCAAGCCGGAGCCGAAGGUGUGCGUCUUCUGUCGGAAUAACGGCGCACCGGAGGAGGUUUACGGCACCCACAUCCUGAAGACAGCGGACGGCAGAGUCCUGUGCCCCAUCCUCCGGGCAUACACCUGCCCUCUCUGCAGUGCCAACGGCGACAAUGCGCACACCAUCAAGUACUGCCCGCUUUCUAAAGAUCAGCCGAGCCAGAGAGUGGCGAAGGGAGGCAGAGCGAUUGGAAAGAGGCUGAAAAUCUUCUAAAGCGAGGACAUGAAUGAAGUUUGAGCUGCACUGUCUGAAAUUACUAGUGUGUAUGGCAGUAAUUUUUGGCCCCCCACCCACCCCCCAUUUUAAUGCACAAGACAAGUCUGGAGAGAAAGAUUUUAAGAAAAUGAGAUUUUUAUUGAGUUUCUGUAUGUGUCACAGCUUCAUUUGUAAUGUUUUCGUCUAUCUUGUAACUCUCUAUGGGCACAUAGUUUACCCCCCUCCACC